UUCUUUCUGUGAACAUAUACUUAGUUAAUUUGGAAGGGGACAUCGUUGGACGUUGAGAACCGUUAAUGUUCUCUGGCCAGAAUUCCAAUCAAUGCAAACGCUGUGUCCCGACCGCCAUCUCGGAAUUCUAAUCAAUAAAUGGCAAAAAACAGAUCAAUAAAUUGAAAAAUACAACAGUUACUUCCCUUUAAAUUAUGUUCAGCAGCAUUUUCAUUGCUAAGACAGACAACUUCCGGUUAGCGAUUGUGAACCUCAACGAAUUUACAGGAUUUUGAACUAUUUAGAGUGAGCUGUAUUAAGGAAUUGUGAUUCGUUUGGAAUGUUCUUCUGAACUUCCAAUUUGUGUUGCGGAAUACUUUUGUGCGUCUUAAAUAAAUCUAGCUAUUCUUGGAUUAAUUCACUUGUACUUGCUAUAGUGUGUUGGAAUUCACAGAUUACACGAGAAUAGUUCAUUUUUAAUCUGCCGUGUUGGAAAUCGUAUUAAAAUUUAAACAUAAAUUCAUAAAUCAUUAUCUUUUGUCAUCUCACGGAAGAUCAAAUUAUUUCUGAAGACCAAGAGUCACGUGAUUUGGAUCGAUAUGGCGUCAAAACAGUGCUUUCUAAGCAUCGAUCGUCAAAUGUUUAGUACCAUGCUUAUUCCUUUAUUUCUUUAGAUUAUUGAAAUUGUGUCUGUUAUUUUUCAAAAAUGAAACAAUUCCACAGUAGCAACUUUGACGGUCAGCCUUUUUAAUAUAAACCGAGAUUCGCACCUUUCUGUAUUAAUAAUAAUACGAUCAUGUAAAUAAAUUGCCGAAAGCUUGCAGUCAACAAUGUGCUUUGAACCCCCAAAGAAUCAGAUUCCGUUUAUGAAAUUCUGAACUUAUUCUUAGAUCACUUUUAGCGCAUGUCUGUUAGAAACCAGUGACAAAAUGGCCACGUCUGUGGGGACCAGUUUACAAGGUACACAAACCUUAGCAUAUUCGUGCAUGGAUGCUGUCAAGUUGUUGCAAAAGAAAACGACAACAGAAAAUAAUAACACUUCAAAAUCCCUGGAAUUAUUACCAUUUCAAAAAGAUGGGUUAAAUGGAUUUCCAGUUAUUUUUACUCCCAAAAAUUGUUCGGACGUUAGGUUACCUGCAUCGUUGUUCUACCACAGGAAUAGUGACCCGCUUCUUCAUGGACAGUCUCGUGUGAGACAAGAGGAUGAGUUCGGUAGUUGUUGCCAAAUAGCACGUGAAAAAAGACGCCAAAGUGAUAAAGGACACUACAUAAACGGGUCCGGCGAACAGUCAAAUAGUCUAUGUGUUCACCCUGCCAUUGCCAACAUACACAGAAAAGACAAGAAUCAUAUGUGUAAUGGUGGACCACCUGGUCAUAUUAAAGUUAAUGGAAAUCUUCCAAAUGGAAAUUUAGAAACUGAGUUUUCAACCUCAAGAAAUACAUAUUCAAUUGAUGAUUUACAUGAUCAAGCAACUGAAACUAAUGAAAAUGUUUAUGGAUAUCCGACUGAUUGUGGGGACAUUAAAACGGAAGCGUUGUCUGGGUCGGAUUUACUAUUAAACAACAGCAGCUAUCCAGAUGAAACAGAACCGGAAGUCAUCAACAUAGAUUUGCGACCACGUAUUGUGUGCAAUGGAACGCUUAUAUCGUCAUAUCACGAGGAAGAUGGGACUUCAGAGAGACAGCCAUUUUUGUCUCAUCAAAGCGCCAGUGGUUCCGAGUCAAACUGUUCUGUAAAACAUAGUCAAAGCGUUAGGUGGCAAAAAACGCGGCAAAAUGUGCCAGACGAUUUUGUGGACCAAACGGUCAGUUUACCGAGUAGUUUGGAGAGACAUUCACACGUGAUACACGAGACGAGUGUGACAGAUUCUGAAUCCAGUUUGUCUGUGAAACCUUGCAAUAUAUGGAAUAAGGGUCGACCUUUAUCCGGGUUUUCGUCACGGUCCAUUUCACCACAGCCAGGGCCAAGUGGUUAUAAUGACGCCAAGCACAAAAGAGACAGCGGGAAGAAAACGGUGAGAUAUAGCGACACUAUAGGAAGCUACCACACUGUGGCGUCCGGUGGCAGUUCUAACAGCAUUAAUAACUUCCCCACCACUCUGAGUGAAGAGCACAUGAACAGACUGGAUCGAGAAAUCCGAGAGCUGGAGCGAGUUGGCAAAAAAGCAGACAGAGGAACUAUCUACUGCGCAUGCGGAGUUUUGGGACUUGUGAUAGGACUGAUUUUAGUCUUUGUUUACCUUCUGUGAUGUAAAUUCUAACCUUGUUAUGUUUGAAUGUUGGAGCUUUGGAAAGACUUUAUUAAUUUAAAAACCGUUGAUUUCCAUUUUAAUUAAAA